AACUCCAUUGCCUCACUCAGCCUGAAGCCGUGGAGGAACAAGAAUUUAACUAAAAUUGUAAUGCUCUUCCUUCGGGAUAUUGUUUUUGAUACUGAGAUGAGAUUCUAGUGUAGUCAUCAUGUUACUUACAAUAUUGGUGUAUAAUUAAGGUCAGGCUGAUCUAGCUGCACGAGACUGCCAAACUCCAUCGAUUUUAAAGUUUUUCCCGUCUUUGUCCAUGCAUUUCUGUUUUGGCUGCACCAUUUAGCGAUAUGCUUAUUGAUACGCUAGAAACUUGUGAUGCAUAUUGUUAGUUAUACACAUUCUGUGCAAUUAUUUUAUUUGUUAGCCAGUUUCUUUUAAUCUGAAUUCUGUAUAGUUAAUGCUAAGUUUUGUUAGAUCACAGAAAUAAUGGCAGAUUCUAAUGCUUACAAUCAAAAUAAACGGCUGAGAACUCACUCUGCUUAUACUACCCCAUCUCCUUUUCACCCUCCUCCAGCACCUCUGUGGCCACUUGGAACUGCAGAAACCAUUCCAGGAAACCAUGUUCCUCAACUUCUGAUUUCCACUCCUGCUCCCAUGCCCGCUACUGGCAGUUAUACACAUGUCCAGAGUGCACCUCUUCAAAAGAAUAACUCAAUUGCUGAGCCAAUCUCCUUCUUUUGCUCCCAAAUUACCAACAGGAGAUUGGACUCUGAAACCCUACUAAUUUUAGAGUCACUUAUGGUAUGCAAAGAUGUGAAGCCUUUACUAGAGCUACGAUCCAACUUGAAAGAGUUCAUGAGAUCUCAAUCUAUCUCUAUUUUGUGUGAAAUCAAAGAGAAUAAAAACACUGAUCUUAAACUCUUGAUUCUCGAGUUCUUUGUUCGUGCUUUUGCUCUCAUUGGAGAUAUGCAGAGUUGUUUAGCUCUGAAAUAUGAGGCUUUUCUUUUGCGGAAAAUUAAGUCUUCAAGUGGCCAAUUUCUACAAGUGUCACGUAUGGAAUGGCUCAAUUUUGCUGAGCAGCUGAUUGAAAAUGGCUUUUGUUCCACUGCUAUACAGGCAUGUGAAAAUGCAAUGUUAUGCCUUCAAAUGGAUGAGGAUGCCAGUGCAGUAACAGAUCACUCCUCUGGCAAUGAAAGAAUAAGAAGACUUAAGGACCUUGCUGUAAAAUUUGCUGGUUCUAGUUCUGUUCAGGCUCAAGCAACAAAAUACUUGAAGAGGAAAACAGUUGAAAAGAGCAAAAUCUGUUCUUCAUUCGGUAAUGAAGUGCAGUAUAUGGCUAGCAUCAGUUUUCGAGAUGGAAUAAAGAAGCGGAAUAUAAGAAAAUUGUACGAAUCCCAAUGUUGGAAGGAGAAGGCUGAACCGAAACUUGAAUGACAUUUGAAAUGACGGGAUGGUUGCCUUGCUGCUGAGAAUGAAUGAGAAUGUUCCCUAACAUAUGCUUUGAUCAGCUAAUAACCUUCAAAAUGGCAUGUAAAUAAUCUUCAUUUUUUCUUAGUUGAGCUAACUAAGGUUGUUUGGCAGGGAAUGUUUGGUCAUGAUGAUUUGUUGGCUCUGCUUCAUGUCUGCAUAAUUCUUUAGAAAAACACCUUAACUUAGUUAUAAUUACAUAUUCCUGGCUCGGGUCCGAUAACACAAUUCCGGGAGGAGUCGGUAGUUGGGCACUGGAUCCCUUCGAACCUGGAAAACGUGUAACGUUGGGUCGGGAUAGAGAAUUGGUUGGGUGUUAGAAACAUGUUCAGCUAUUAUUGAUAUGCACUAGGUCAAUCAUGUUUGACCAUGUAUUGAUUUUAUCUUUUGUUAUUAAUUAGUUGACACUUUUAUUAU